AUGGCCUCUGUAAAGCAGAGGAAACAAGAGCUGCUUAGACUGGUUGAAGGACGUUUCAUACAGCCUGAUGUCUACAAUGUAAUUAUCAACAGGGAAUCACGUGUGACAAAGGCAUUGGAUCUUUUUUCAGAAAUGAUUUCCAAAAAUAUAUAUGCGGACGAAAUCACCUAUAAUACACUGCUACAUGGCCUUUGUCUUUUGCGUGAAGUGAAAGAAGCAGUUGCUUUGUUCAACGAAAUGGUAUCAAAAAGCAUCAAAACCAGUCUUGUAAAGAAGGGCAUUUGUCCUAGUGUCUAUACCUACGCCACACUUGUUGAUGGACUUUGUAGAAGACUGAAGAAAGCACAGGAGAUUUUUAAAGAUUUAUUGAUUAAAGGUUGUUCCCUGGAUGUGACGGUAUAUAAUGCUAUGAUCAAUGGUCUUGGUAAACAGGGCAUGAUUGAUGAAGCAUUAUCCUUGUGCUAA